GUAUCCAAUCCAAGAACCAAGGGAUCAAUCUCACCGCCAUUUACGGGGUCCGUUCUAAGCCAGAGCAAAGCUAUAUGAACUUAGAGCUUCUUUUCUUACACUCAUAUUUUUCCUCUAACCUUAGGGUCACCGUCUCACACUCACUGCCUCUCACACUCGCCGUCGAACAAACCCACAACCGUCGUUCAGACCCAUAGCUGUGAAAGUUUGAAGGUGUGAAAUGGGUUGCAUGAAAAUGGGUUUUUGAAUCAUUAUAAGCAAAUGGGUUUUUGAGCCAUCGUCUGAAUUGGCUAUGCAGCAUGAGAGUUUGUGAAAUAAGGAGUUAAGUCUCGGGAGCUUGCAGUCAUAUCCAAAGAAACGUGAAAGAUUAGAGUUGAAGAAAGAUGCUAAGGAAAAGGCUUUCUGUUCUCUCGACUUCGAUCAUCAGAAGUUCGACUCACAACAAAUCCGUUCUCGGAUACCCGUCUAUCCAAUUUCAUCCCUUGCAGCUCCCUCACUCUCUCAACGUUCAUGCCACAUUUAAUCCCAAUGCUCACCCAGACUUUCAAGGUUUUAGAGCUUACAGUCUUCUGGCCUUGAAUGAUUUGAGAGAUAAUGUUCCCCGAAAACAGAAGACAAGGAAAGGUCGUGGUAUUGGAUCUGGAAAGGGAAAGACUGCUGGGAGGGGUCACAAAGGCCAGAGAGCCAGGAAAGGUUCAAAAUUGGGGUUCGAAGGAGGCCAAACCCCUCUUCGCCGUAGGAUGCCUAAACGUGGUUUCAAGAACCCAUUUAGCCUCACUUUUCAGCCAAUAGGUUUGGGAAAAAUUGCAACGUUUAUCAAUGCAGGCAAGAUAGAUUCUUCUGAAUUGAUCACAAUGAAAACACUCAAGGAUGCAGGGGUACUUGGGAAGCAAAUUAAAGAUGGAGUAAGAUUGAUGGGGCGUGGUUCUGAGAAGAUCCAAUGGCCAAUUCAUCUUGAGGUGACAAGGGUCACUGUCAGGGCCAAGGAAGCAGUUGAAGCGGCUGGUGGGUCCGUCAGAAAGGUGUAUUACAAUAAGUUAGGCUUUCGGGCACUGUUGAAGCCCGAGUGGUUUGAGAAGAAAGGAAGAUUGUUGCCUAAAGCAGCUAGACCUCCUCCAAAGCAAAAAGAUAAAGUUGAUAGCAUUGGACGGCUGCCUGCCCCGAAGAAGCCAAUUCCAUUUUUAGUUGAAGGAAGCAAUGAUCUUCCAUUAGGACAGCUGUUGCACCAUUGGACCAUUCAUAACUUGCACAACUAUAUGUUGUUCACCUUAGCACCAAUUGGCUGGAAUCAAGUAGUUAAUGAAUCUCAUUCAAUUCAGGUCAAAUUGGUCGGAAGUACUUGGGUUUGAUUUGUGACUGAAACCAUCUUUAGUUAGAUUUUAUCUACCUCACAGUUGAAUUUUAGGUUACCAAAGCUCAUUCCCACCGAGAAUUGGAGGAUUAAGUCCAUGAAAAAAUGUUCAGCUCCAAAGAAAUUUUUCCCGGAAUAUCAGUUUGAUGAAAACAAUUGAAGCAUAUCAACGUUGGACAACUGAUCAUUUAUGUGUGUGGUCAAGAGUUUAAUUUUUGA